AAGCCUCCUCUACCUAUUCACCCUUCCUCUCCUUUUCCCCCACCAUUUAUUUGAUUCCCCAUUGGUGUGUUCUCCUCUCCAUUGGAUUGUACAGAUUCCCACCUAAAAAACCAUCUCUCCCUGUAAAUUAUUUCUGGGUUGCAUUUCUUAUUUUAAUUUUUUCCUCCAUUUCUCACCCCCACCCACACAUCUCUUUCCUCUUCUUUCUCUCUCUCUCUCUCUCUCUCUCUUUCUCUCUCUAUCUUCUCUCUUAUUGGGUCUUGGACUGAACCAAAAAAAAAAAGAAAAAAAAAGAAAAGAAAAAAAAGGAAAGAAGAAGAAGAAGAAGAAGAGGAAGACCCACUAUGCUUUUGGUUUGAGUUCAUGGGCUUUUUGUUUCCUGGAAAAUCCCUCCUGAAAAGCCUCUAAAACCCACUAAAUUUCUGGUUUAAAGAGCUGCAUGAGAUAGAUGGAUAAGAACACUUUCUAAAUUCUGCUAAUUUUUCUCAUUAAAAAUUGCCCCUUUUUAUCAUUUUUUUUCUGGUGAUCUUUUGUAUUGGGGAUUGAGAGGGUGGAGUAGAGAGGAGGGGGUAGGAAUGGGAAAGCAUGGACCUUGUGGUCAUUGUGGAGUUACAAGUACUCCUCUUUGGCGAAAUGGGCCCCCAGAAAAGCCGGUGUUAUGCAAUGCGUGUGGUUCAAGGUGGAGGACAAAGGGUUCAUUGACAAACUACACUCCAUUGCAUGCUCGCGAAGCUUUUGAAAAUUCUGAGAAGUACGAAAUUACCAAACCCAAGAGCACAGCGUUGAAGCCCAAGGAACACAAGUUGCCAAAGAAAAAGCAGACUAUUGGUGUUCCUGAAAAUGAAUCCGAGAUGCCAUAUAGUGAUCAGAAUUUCCAGAAAAUCAUUGAAGGGGAUACGAGCAACCGAUCUUGUUCUGGUUCGGCAAGUUCAUUUUCGAGUAGUUGUGCACAUAUUGGCACCACUGAUGCAAGUGAGUUGACAGGUUCGGCACAAUCGAACGUCUGGGUUUCUCUCGUACCAUCCAAGAAAAGAACAUAUGUCAAUCGACCAAAGCCUUCACCUCUAGAGAAGCUCACAAAGGAUCUAUACUCCAUAAUGCACGAACAGCAGUCGUCUAACCUUUCAGCAACAUCAGAAGAAGAUCUAGUUUAUCAAAAUGAAACACCGAUGGGUUCUUUCGAGAUAGGCUAUGGAAGUGUACUCAUUAGGCACCCCAAUUCAAAAUCUAUAGAGGAGGAAUCAGAAGCAAGUUCAAUUCCUGUAAAUAAUAAGUCGUAUAAUACUGAUGAGGCCUAUUCAGGGUCGGCUACUUAUCCUGUACAUAGUGAAAGCAAAGGUGCAAAUGUUUCAUUAAAUGCCGGCUCUGAAAAAGCUAAGAAGUGUUUAGCACAGGCAGCUCAAGAAAAUGCCAAAAGGGACAAAAUUAGUCAUGAAAAGCUACAGAUCCUGCGAGAAAGAGAUUCGCCCUUGUCAUCAAUAGAUUUAAAAGAAGUCGUUAACUAUGAGAGCUUCUUAAAAUGCUUUACACUUGAGGAACAACAACAAUUGCUGAAGUAUCUUCCUUCAAUCGAUACUGCGAAAACCCCUGAAAGUCUUAGAAACAUGUUCGGCGCCUCCCAGUUUGUGGAAUCAUUAUCUUGCUUUCAGAAGCUGCUUCGAGAAGGAGUCUUCACUCUCUCCUUUUCAGGAGCAAAUGCUGAAGAGUGUAGAAUAUUAAAGAGGCUUGUAUUAGUUAAUCUAACAAAGUCGAAAUGGGUGGAAUACUAUCAACCACUCAAGGACAAAAACUGUAAGAAGACAAGAGGAAAGGAAAUGGCGAACUGCCCAAAUCCUGAUAUAUCCGUCAAGAGACCUCGUGAAGGUCAGAAUCACAGCCAUACAGAUGUGAAAGGCACCAUGAGAAGCCCGAAAAGAAUCAAACCCGGAUGCUCAAACCUUCUAUCGAAAAGUGAUGCAAUCUCCGAAUUGGUCGACGACACAGAUGGCUUCAGUCCGAGAAGCUUCUUCUCGUCUCCUCCGGAUAGGAUUUCCAUGCUGGUCCCUCCAAAUUACACUGAAGAUAAUUCUGAUCAGGACUUACUACUUGAUGUUCCGUUCAAUGCUUCGUUCCCAGAGGCAGAACUUCUGUACCGUCCUUCGAAUCAGAAAUCCGCCUCGAGUAAUUCAUUAGCAGAAAGUGGAAUUGCUGAAUGCGAGGGCAGUUUCAGCAAUAAAGAGACUAAACAUUGGUAGUAGGAUAGCUUUAUAUACCCGCCGCUUCAAUCUUUUAAAACAUAAACUAGAAGAGGAGGGCUUUCGAAUAUUGGGGUUGUUAUAGUUUGCUUGAUUCUCCUAUCUUUUGUUUUCUACAAUGUCGAGUUUGUCGACUCUAAAUCUAAGUGCUGACAUAUGACUUUUGAAGAACCGGCCUGUGCCGGUACUUUCCCUUCAUAGACUAGCAACAGAUGUAAUAUAGCUCAGAUUUGGUGGUAUCCUCUUUGGUAGGGAGGGAUGAAGUUGCAGGGAUUGUAUUAAUUUCAGAAUAAGAAAACCGAAAUUGCCAUUUCGAUGUGCUCUGACGUUGUUUGAUCCGAAACAUUUUGCUCAUUCCCUGAAUUGGGCUUAUUUUC